AUCACCGUUGUUGUCAAAGCGGUGAAUGCAUCACUGCGGUUGACGGCCGCGGUCAAUGCCUGACUGAACAUUGAAAUUUCAAACAAACAUAACUUUGCGCUCGGUUAUCCGAUUGUAGCGAAUUUUUUAUUUAUUCCAUAUAACUUUUCAAGAUAUUUCAAUCUGCAACAAGACUUCAUCUAAAAAAAUGUCGUUGGUUACCCCGAACGGGCAAUUUUUCAAUUUUGGCAAACUCUGGAAGGACAUAACUUGUAGCUCCUCAAUCCGAACGUGGUAAAGUGUUUUUUGAUUGCGCAUAACUUUUUAAGAACUACAACUUUUACUAGGAAAUAAUUUUUUAAAAAAGAACAAUAAAAAAUAAAUAUUUUUAACAAUAUGAAAUUUUUUGCUAAACCAAGUGAUAAACUUGUAAAGUUGUAAUUCAACCAAGUGAAAAAAAACUUUCACCAUUUGAAUUGGUCUUACAUCCAAAAAGCGAAAAAGGAAUUUCCACGUGCCACGCUCUGAGUGGAUAUCUAGUUGAGACUGCAGUUCCCAAGCUUUCACACAAACUCCCCUGCCCUCAAGCCUCAAACUGGUCGUUUUGAGUUUUGACCUAGCCAACCCCAUCCCGUUCCCCUUUUCUUUGCUGUUUUGUUCCUGUCUUGUGCGCUCGCUCCUUCUUGUUCAGGGAUCCCACUUCCGUCCCCAAAAAAAAAAAUACCAGAUCGCGCUUCCGGUCUUCUGCAAUGGCCGAACUCGCCACCGUCGACUCUCUCUCUUCUCUGGAGCUUAAGACUGCACCUGCAGAUUUCCGUUUCCCAACAACCAACCAAACCCGGCACUGCUUCACACGAUACAUUGAGUUUCAUCGGUGCGUUGCUGCAAAGGGGGAAGAUGCUGCAGACUGUCAGAAAUUCGCCAAAUUCUAUCGCUCUCUUUGCCCUGGUGAAUGGGUUGAGAAAUGGAACGAGCAAAGGGAGAACGGGACAUUUCCUGGACCUCUGUAGAGGGGAUGAAGAGAAUCAUUGUGCAGUUUGUUUUCAAGUGGUUGAAUGAGUUUUCAAUAUUUGCGUAAUAACUAUAAUGUUCAAGUCGCAAGUUGAUUUGGCAAUAAAUUUUACUGCCAUGCAUAUUCCGUUUGAAUUUUUUUUGUUUCCCCUAGUUGGAUCCAACUGUUGGACUGCCAUUUUCAUUCAACCAAAUAACGAGUUUGUUUGUUUGGCACCGUUCUCUCUUCUCUAUCUAUCCCUCCCUCUCGAGGCCAUUGCUGUCUCAUUGUUUUCUUCGUCAUUGUCAUCAUUACUGCAAGCAAGUGCUGAACUAGAGAUUCAUAAUUUCAUACUAGAUGUAAUUCUUCAACUUUGAAGAAGAGUAUCAGAAACCUCAUAAUGUACACUAGAAGAAUGCAUACUAGUAAGUAGAGAAUGCAUAACAGAUACUAGGAAAUGCACAUCAUUUAUGAGAUACCAGAUACGUUUGGAUGCAUACUAUUAGUUCUUGAAUGCACACCCAAACUAAGGAAUGCAUAUCACAAACACAAGAAUUCAUACCCGAAAAUGCACACUAGUUAUAGCCAAAAUCGAUACCAUAAACAACCUUACUGAUACCAAAACGAACAAAGUAAACACCUUCAGUUCUUAGUUUGUUUUCAUUUAUGUUACAUGGAGUCUACAGAUUCAACAAUGGUCGACUAAAACAAUUCACCAUAGCAAUAAUGUCUCUACAAUCAACGUAAGGUGUAACG